CCAAAGAGGGUGGGGCUGGCUGGGCCACUUUGUGUGGUUUACAAAGAAGCAACUUUCUGAGCAAUAAUGUCUGACUUGAGCAAGGAACAAGCCAUGCAGAAACUUUGUGAGGUGUAUGUAGCAGCACCUGGUAUUGAGGGCUGGUCUUAUAAAGGUCUUGUAGUUCCUCAUUUUAUGACCCCUAAAAGCAUUGCUGAUCUAGCCAGUCUCCCCCUUGACCCCAGUGAUGUGUGGAUCGUUUCCUACCCCAAAGCUGGACAAACAUGGACCCAAAACAUUGUGAAACUGAUUCGCAGCAAAGGAGAAAAAGAUGGCGUUGAAUUGCAGCAUAGUAUUCCCUUUGCAGAAUGCAACAGCGAGGAAAACUCAUUUCUCGGGAAAGUUGAUUAUAAUUUACCAAAGCCUCGUGCCUUCAAGAGUCACUUGACGUACGACUUAAUGCCCUGUGGUAAACCAAGUACCACUCCUUGCAAGUACAUCUACGUUGCUCGUAACCCAAAGGAUGUUGUGGUUUCUUAUUUUUUCCACACAUAUCGGCUCAUGAUAAGACGAGAUGCUCCUUUUGACUUGAAACUGUUCUUCCGUAAUUACGUCUAUGGGAACCUCUUGUAUGGAGACUUCUUUGAUCAUGUUUUGAGCUGGUGGUCUCACAGAAACGAGGAUAAUGUUCUCUUCCUAAUGUUUGAAGAUAUGAAGAAGGAUCCACGAGCAGCCAUCACUCGUAUUGCAACGUUCAUUGGUGCUGACGUCUCUGAUGAGGUAAUCGAUAAAGUUGUUGCUGAGACGUCUUUUGAUUCGAUGAAGAAAGACGAAACUGCCAAUUUCUCAUUUGUUGACAAAUAUUUAACUGCUACAAAUCCUGAUUCAGGGGCAUUCAUGAGGAAGGGGGAGGUGGGCGACUGGAAGAACCAUUUGACGCCCGAGCAAUCUGCAGAGAUUGACCAACUCUGUGAAGAGAAGCUUACGGACGCUGGACUAGUGUUUGACUUUGGAAAUUAACGAUUGAUUUAGUUGCUAGAAUAAAUUUUGUGGAUUGACAUGUGAUCUAAUUAUAAACGUAAUUAUUGGUACCAAGAGUUUCCUGUUGAUACAUUCAUGUAGAUCUACAUUCCUAUUAUCAUUAUAAUAAUUA